AUUUUACAGAAUUAUUUUCAAGAUUAAUAACUGAUUUUUAAUGCACAAUGAGGUAGUUGUAGAAGGAACUUGAAUUCUAUUUCCUUCAAGUCUUCAAUAAACUGCUUCAAUGCUGGUCCCGGCAUUUACAGUUAAUCUCAAGCAAAAGCUUUUAGCUGGACGUGUGACUAUUGGCCGCUACGAUGGCAUCCAUCCAUGCCUUACUGCGUCCACUACAAGAGAUAAGGUACUGAUCCACAACCCCCACCAGCAGUUGGGUGCAGGCGGUGGGCGCAUGUCUCUCAACACGAGCAGCUCGGACGUGGCGCUCCUCAACAUCAACCAGAGCGUGACAGCUCUGGCUGCUGGCAACCUGUCAACUGUCAGUCUGUCAACUGGCAAGACCACAGAUACGCUCGUCGUAUGCACGCCCACUAAUGUACUAGCUUACGAUGUACAAAAUAAUGCUGACGUCUUCUAUAAGGAGGUUUCGGACGGCAGUAACGCGGUGACGAUCGGACGCUUGUGGCGUCAUCCUACACCCCUGGCGCUCGUAGGCGGCAACUGCAGCGUGCAGGGCUUUGACUCGACAGGCACAGACAUGUUCUGGACCGUCGCGGGCGACAAUGUAACGUCGCUGGCGCUCACCGACUUUGAUGCUGACGGAGAAAAUGAAUUACUGGUGGGCUCAGAAGACUUCGACAUCAGGGUGUUCAAGAAAGAUGAGCUCAUCACAGAGAUGGCCGAGACUGAGGCUGUGACAGGCCUGUGCUCGGUGGCGGGGCCCCGCUUCGCGUACUCCCUCACCAACGGCACCGUCGGCGUCUACCAAGGCUCCUCCCGCUGGUGGCGGAUCAAGAGCAAGAAUCAAGCGAUGUGCAUUUGUAGCUACGACAUAGACGGCGACGGCGUGCCUGAGCUUAUCACGGGCUGGAGCAACGGCAAGCUCGAUGCGCGCAAUGACAAGAGCGGCGAAGUCGUCUUCAAAGACAACUUUGACUGCGCCGUUGCUGGCAUUGUGAAGGGGGACUAUAGAUUAGAUGGCAAGACGCAGCUCCUGUGCUGCUCGGUUGACGGCGAGAUACGCGGGUAUCAGUCGUCGGCGAGUGAGAGCCGCUACACGCUGCUGGACAUGAACAUUGAGCAGGAGACGCUGAGGGAACUGACGCAGCGCAAGAGCGCCAUGCUUAUGGAACUCAAGAACUAUCAGGAGAACCAACGUAUUUCAAACUCGACCUCGUCGACGGGUGCCGUAGCGGGCACAGGUCUUGGCAACAGCGAAGGCGUUGCCGUCAUUCCUGCCAACACUCAGCUACAGACUGGCCUGACCAUCAACCUGGGAGAUGAAGAGCACAACAAGCCGCCCCACGUCGAGAUCGCCCUGGCGACCACCAACGACACCAUCAUCAGGGCCGUGAUCAUAUUCGCUGAAGGCAUCUUCGAAGGCGAGAGCCACGUCUACCACCCAAAAGAAAACCACCUCUCCUCCAGCAUCCGAGUGCCCAUAUUCCCGCCUAAGGACGUUCCUGUAGACCUGCACAUCAAGGCCAUGGUUGGCUACAAGGGCUCAAACCAUUACCAUGUGUUCGAGUUGACCCGCCAACUGCCGCGCUUCUCCAUGUACAGCAUCGCCAAGACCGCGCUGCCACAGCCCCAGAGCUACGUCAAGUUCGAGCUGCAGGAGCGAGUGGCCCGGCUUGUGAUGUGGCUCAACCAAAGCUUCCUGCUACUGGAAGACCUGAAGGCUGCCGAGGACGGGAGCGUCUCUUUGAAGUUCCAGUGCCUGAGGAAGGGCGGGGCUCUCCUGAUGGAGAUCACACCCACGUGUCACGUGUCCCUCUUCUGCGACGACAUGGACCUCGUGGCUGACAUCAUCCAAAGUCUGGCGGCCUACCUCAAUCUUGAGGACCUCGAAGUGGUAGCGAACUUCCCGGCUGAGGUGACGGAGCUAGCGAGCAAACUGGAGCCGCUGACGGAGUACCAGAAGGCGCGACAGAAGCUCAGUGCUGAGCUCGCCGACAACUCUGGCGUCAUCAGGGGCCUGAUCGUGCGGGGCGAGGACGCGCGUCUCAUGGGCGACCUAGUUUCAAUGAAGCAAUGGUACAAAGAAGUCAUGUCCAUUAACCAGUCUAUGAUCAACGGCUACAAAAUUCGCUGCAACAACCACCAGAAUUUACUAGCGUGUCUCAAGGCGAUCAAUCAAAGCAUCCAGAGGGCGGCGCGUCUUAGAGUUGGGAAGUCCAAGACUACGAUCGUGAAUGCGUGCCGACAAGCCAUCAAGAACAACAACUUUGACUUGCUGCUCAAAGUGAUUGGCCUUCUUCCCUCCACAUAAAGUGGCGACAUCAAUCCUCAUAGAGAUCUGAGUUUUGACCAGCCAUUUCAUUGUAUGGGAUACAGAGGUACACGAAUUUAUACACCUGCUGUGUAAUUCUGAAUGACCAUCAAUGAAUGCAAUUCACAGGUUACUGUCUUGCUUAUAUGGCAGUUCGUUUGUUGAAUGUUGAAAACGACUUGAAGUAUUUUCGUCCAGAUCGUGCAAAAUCUAGCAUAAUAAGUUCAACUAAAACUAUUUAUUAACAGUGUCACGACACUACCCUAAUGGCCCUAGAUCUCUGAGCAUGCCUUCUCACUUACCAGGGACCAAUUAUGUUAAUUUAAUGGUACACGUAGUCUUAAUUGUUAAUUCUUAUAAGCUUCAAUACAAUGAUCUGUGAUGCAUCUAGUCGCUGGUAAUCUAGUUGUUCAUUUACGCACAUCUGUUCAGAUAACUCAGUGUGCAAAUAGAAGUAUUUCUUGCGUUUGCUUCAUAAUUCCACAUAAUUUCCAUGUAUUUUAUAGAAGGAGUUAGCGCACGAGAUUUUCUUGUACUCAAUUCGUGUUCUACAAAUACACGUGCAUAAUGUUUAAUUCUUUCUUCCAGUCUUUUUAAAUAUGAACUUAUUCCUAAAUAUUAUACGUUUAAAAAUUACUUUUUAAAGACAACACUUCUAAAGA